GGAAUUCCAACCGACCUGAGUUGGCAGUUCGAUCUUUUCGACUCCCUUAGGCAUCGAGUGAUUGGGAGGUCCAUCAGUAACCCCCCCCCCCCCGAUAGGACUUUUAAAAGUACACCGAGGUGAUUUAUCAUGUGUUGGUCGAAAUGCCUAACUACCUGCCUAUGUAUCUAUCCAUUUAUUCUUUCUCUUUUUAUUUACUUCCUAUUUCUGCUUAAUUUCUCCUCCUCUUCCCUUUAUCAUUUAAAAUUUUUUUUUCGUCUUUUCGUCUUUUUCUCCUUUUCGAUUUUUAUAGAUACACCCAGGCUUUCGUGCCUGAUUCUUGUUACUGCUCAUUUCGUCAUGCGUAUGGUCUUUCGUGUCCGAAUGAAUUUCACACGACGCAUGGCCCUUGCAGUAAAGUGCACACGGGGUAUGGUCGUAUCACGCCUACGGGAUUCACUACAGGCGCUAUUCCGCAGUCGGGGCGACUUGAUUCUCGUUCGCCUGAAACCACUGCAAACGAGACUGGCAAGAGGAGAGGGGUCUGUCACAUCGUAUUUAUCGAGCCCCCAAAUGAGGAUCCCGACUCGAAUGCAUCACCAAUCUAGCGGGUCGGUGAUUGGCAGGUAAUUCUCAAGUUCUGAGAAGCCAGCGCGCCUCGUUCGAAUCCAGACAUGCGCAUGCGUAUGCGCAUGUCGCCAACCGCCAGUCACCAGUGGUUACUGCGUAGUUAAAGUCCUUCACCCGCCACCGCCUGGUGCUGGCCCAGAGAUGGCUGAAAGAUCGGUGCCGAACGAUUUGUGCCACCCAAGUGAGACACCUUUCCGCCUCGA